AUGGAUCUAUCCACAUUUAAGGGCUUGAGCUUGCCAAAGAAACUCUCGCUCGUUUUUCAGCGUGAUAUUCUGCCAGAGAAUAUUAAGGAGGAUGAUAUGAAGAACGUUCCAUCCAUGGUAGAAAUCUCAAAGAGAAACCGCGAAAGAGUCCAGGAUGAUGCUAGCGAUGAGUUAGCAGAGGAGGCAAGCGAUGACUCGGCGCCAGGUUCAAGCCUAUCAACCAAGAAUGCCUUUGCAGGACCGCGUCAUGAGGUAGAGGUCCUGGGCCAGCCCCACUGUCUCUCGGGAGGGCUGCUGAAGUCAUAUCAACUAGAGUCCCUUCAGUGGCUGGUUUCUAUCAACCAGAUAUGCACUCACUUUCGGGCACAGUUUGUCUCCCUCCCCGACGAUUUAACCUCCCUUAUCCCCGUGGGGGCAACUCAUAGGCGCACCACGCAUUACGCUGAGAUAAAUGCCGCUCAAAUAGGCGCUAUCCUCGGAGACGAGAUGGGGCUCGGAAAAACCAUACAGACAAUAUCACUACUCGCGUUCUCUCAUGAAACGCUUAAGGUUAAGAUUCCACAUCUGGUGAUAGUCCCGAAGUCCACUCUACCGCAAUGGGAGGCCGAGUUUGCGAAGUGGAUACCCAGCUUUCAGGUUCUCACUGUCAUCGGGGACAAGUUUCAGAGAGAAGAGAUAAUCAAGACCAAAUUGAUUAAUGUGGAGACGCGUCCGCAUGUGUGUCUGACAACAUACGAUGUUGUCCGUUUGGAGUUUAAGGAGUUGAGCAGGAUACUCUGGUACUACAUGAUACUUGACGAGGGGCAUAAGCUAAAGGAUAACAUGUCUCAGAUAUCUCAUGUACUACGAGGAUUUACAACGCUCCACAAGGUAAUUCUUUCUGGGACGCCUCUCCAAAACAACUUACACGAGCUCUGGGCGUUGCUUAACUUUAUUUCUCCCCUAAUCUUUAAUGUACCGGAGGAUUUCGUGGGUCUCGUUCGAGGAGAGCUUCCCGACGGAUCUGCUAUGGAGCCCUCUCUGCGAGGUGAGCAGAUUGGUGAAGAGUCUGUGACACUUGAAGUUAACGAAGAACUUUCUGAGAUAACCGAGAUCGCAACUGAUACCACAACGGACACUACAAAUACUCAGCCUGUAAGUAGCGUUUUAACCACUGACGAGUCUGUGGCUGCUAAAAUGCACGAUGUACUCAAGUUGUUCAUUUUACGUCGCGAAAAGAAGGAUGUAGAGUCUCUCCCUGCUAAGCGGGAAUACCUCAUUAAUUGCGGGAUGACCAGUCUUCAGCGUUCGCUAUACAAAUCCCUUUUGGCUAAGGAUCUGGGGUGCUUGGACAAAGUGUUACGUAGUAAGUCUAGCACAUCUUCCAUAGGCAAGACGUCUCUAAUAAAUAUUGUGAUGCAGUUGCGGAAGUGUGCGGAUCACCCCUAUCUCUUCAACGGGGUGGAGCCCCAGCCCUUUAAAGAGGGAGAUCACAUCGUCAAUGUUAGUGGAAAAAUGGUCGUUCUGGACAAGCUCAUUACACGGAUUAAGGCAAUUAACGAGAAGGUCUUGGUGUUUUGUCAGAUGACAAGCAUGCUUAACAUAAUAGAGGACUACCUACGAUACCGUGAAUAUUUGUAUUGUCGGAUAGAUGGCAGCACAGACUUGGAGACCCGAGCAAAGUACAUGCAAAUGUUUAACACCCCCACCAAUCCUGCCUUUGUAUUUCUUCUUAGUACACGCGCUGGAUGUCUCGGCCUCAACUUGACAGCGGCAAAUCACGUAAUUAUUUACCAGCAAGACUUUAACCCUCAGGCUGACCUUCAAGCAGUAGCGCGCGCAUACAGAUUACUUCAAACAAAGGAGGUCUUUGUGUACCGCCUCCUUGCAGAGAAUACAGUCGACACACGCAUCUAUGAGCGUGCUCAGCUGAAGCUGGGACUAGAUAACCUGAUAAUACAGACAGGAAAUUUCGCUAACAACCCACACAUUGAUAAGCUACUUGGAGACGCGGAUCUGAAGUCGAAAACCAUGACCCGUAACCAAUUGCUGGACAUGAUUGCAGUUAGCUCUGAGAAUCUUUUCACAGAGAGCCAAAAGAACACUGAAGAUGCUGAAGAAGCCCACAACUACGACAUCCCCGAAAUUCAGAUUAAUGAUAGCAAGUUAGACGAGUUGCUUAACACAGCCUUGCGCAGAAAGGAUGAUGUAUCUGGCCAGCUAAACCAGAAGAUAAAGAGUGCCAAUGAAAUCAUAAGCAAGUUGGCGUCAGAUGGAAAGCUAGAGCAUAUAAAUACUGAUGAGCUUUAUCAGUUUGAAGGCAUGAGCUAUACGAAGAGCAAUCUCAAGAAGAUCACUGACUUCUUGCAUCGCGAGAGAACUGAGAAGGAAGAGGCUGAGCGGCUAAAGCGGAUAGCGGCAAUUUCGCUCAUAGCUGAUGUGGCAGAGAAGGGUAGCGGGAGAGCAGCAAAGGACAAGCGACAGUACCCUACGAUGCGCAAGCUGAAACUAGCGGCAGACGUUUACAAAGCUGAUAUUCAAUUGCUGCCGCCACGAUACUACGAGUUGUUGGGGAAAAUAGCUAACGAAAUAUCAUCCCAAAUCGAACCUACCAUGAAUGCAAACAAGGAGUUAGAGUACGCCGACUUCGCCAGGGAACGUGGGUAUGUCCGGCCAGAGCUUCCGGGACUCAACCAGGAGGAGCUGACUGAGUUCUACUCGUUUCUCGGCGAUGGGUGUCCAUACCUUGCAGACGGGAAAGAAAUUUCACGCCGUGAAUUCAACCUACUCCUUACUGCGCUUUGUGAUUAUGAUGUAGAGCUGUAUGCUGACAUAACGGGUGUGCGGCGCGUUUCAUAUGACAAAAGUGAAAAGCUCCUCCAUGGUGGGCCAAAGGGUCCCGGAGUGCCCCCUGGGACGGAGAACUCGGCACAGAAGGCUCUGCGCAUGGCGGUAACGGCUGUUGCUGCACAAACACGAGGGCUAAGUGCCUCUCCUGGCGUGCGCAUCCCGCUGGUACUGGAUGGUGCCGAGGGAAAGCUGGUCCAUAUCAACCGAACGGAAAACUUACUCCCUGAUGUUAUAGAGCAAGUCGGGAGCGACGGGAAGAUACGUCGCAUUCGGCAAACACUGGGCCCCGGACUUUCUGAAAACGACCGUAUCCGCGUCAUUGCAGAAAUCCCUAACGAUUGCCCUGUGAUUAUUGAUAGCGAGUAUUGCAUUGAAAUAAGCGGCCGAGAAAAUCUAGACAUUGUGUUCCUAGCGUUUGCAGAGAAACUGCGAACUGGUCGUGAAUCUGCGCUCCGGUUUUCUAAGGCAGAGGUUGUCAACUAUUGUAACGCUCUUUUGCAAAAUAUAAACUGUCUUGAUGAAGCAGAUAGAAUAAAGGCUCGUAUCGAUAGAACUCGGAAGAAGCGUCGAGCCUAUUUUAAGCGCGUCCUUCUUCUGCGGCGGUGGAUAGACAGCUAUACCAAUCCCUUGUAUCAAUUACCGGUACCUAUCGUCGUCAACCAGAAGCGCUUCUAUUCAGAUCUAGAGGAUCGCUUCAUCCUUGUCAUGCUAGAUCUUUUUGGGUACGGCUGUUGGCACGAGAUUGUAAUGCAAAUCCGAUUGAGCCCUCUUUUCGCAUUUGAUUGGUGGUUCAAGACACGUACUGAGGAUGAGAUCGCACACCGCGCAGAGCGCUUGGUUCGCUACUUGGAACAGGACUUUAAGCAAGUCUCUGAUGAUGAAGAUGAGUACAGCGACCUGCCAUUUGUUCAACAAAAGAGACGCGGGCCCCGCCCAAAAGACGGGUCUGAUUAUGAGCCAGAUGAUGCAAAACCUGCGACCGCGCGCAAGCGCAAACAGUGA